UUAGUUCUGAUAGAGACUGUCAACAACAUUUAAAGGUUUCUUUAUAUAUAUAUAUAUAUAUAGAUACACCAAAGCUGUCAUAGACUCAUAGCAACAUUUCAACAAGGCCAAGAGGGGACUGAAGAAAUGAGAUUAAUGGAGGGUAUGUCCAGAAUUUUCUUUAUGCUCUUUCUGCUAGCAUUGAUAGCAAAACAAGCCUCUGCAGCUCAACAUGUGGUUGGAGGUAGCCAAGGUUGGGAUGAAUCUGUGGACCUUAACUCAUGGGUUUCGGGCCAAACAUUCAAGGUCGGAGACCAACUCGUUUUCAAGUACUCUUCAGGGCUACACAGCGUAGUUGAGCUUGGAAGCGAGACUGCCUACAAGAACUGCGACCUGGGAACAGCAUUGGACUCCAAAAACACUGGCAAUGAUGUUGUGAAACUGAACAAGGUUGGGACUCGUUACUUUGCUUGUGGAACAUUAGGCCAUUGUGACCAGGGCAUGAAGGUGAAGAUUACAACAGUAGCCGGGAAUGCACCUUCUGCUCCCGCUUCAGCUUCAACAACUUCCAGGGCUUCUACCAUUCAAUCUUUUUCCAGCUUUCUCCUACCUGCUAUAGUAUUAUCUGUUUGGAAGAUUUGAAGCUUGCAAAUUUUUACUGGCCUGGAGUAAUUAUUUUGUCUGGAGAUUUGGGACUUUAAAUUAUACAAGUCAAUAUUGAAUAUCUUUUGUAAGUAUCAUGUCAUAUUUAUGGUGCAAUUGAGAGGAUUGAAUAAAUUUGACCCUGAUCCAGGAGACAUAAAAACCUGGCAGGAUUUUUUUUUU